AUGGAGCGCCUUUUCCGUGUUCCCUGUGGCUAUUGGACCACACAGCCUUUAACCUACCCUGGCCCCUGGACACACUGUCAACAGCAAAACUGGCCACAAAACAACAUGGGAGCUCCCAUUUUCCUAGACAGGCUUAGGGUACCAGCAAAUGUCUCUCAGCCCUGUAUGGACCCUUACAACAGGGGUCAGCUUCAAGCCUUUUCCACUCAGAUGAACCCCAACCUGAGUCUAUGGCUGUGCAAGGCCAACACCAAGGAGGUGGGUGUACAGGUGAGCCUUCGAGUGGAAAAGUCGGUGCAGUGCUCACUGGGGUCACAGACACUACACAGCAGCUCCCUCUCGGACAGAACCAGCUCCAGGAAGCCCACCGAAGCUUGGGGAAUAGGCCGGAGAAGUUUGAUCCAGCGAUUCCAGGAUGGGGAAAACAAGAAAAGCCAGGGGCUCACAGGACCUACAGAGGCCAAUCAGCUGUUGCCACCAACAUGGAGAGGGGCUAGUGACAAGCAGGAGAAAGUCCCACGGCUGAAGGAAUUGGGGGAGGAAUAUGCCCCCAGCCCUCAGGACAGGAAGAGCAAGCAGUUUUUGGAACCAAAAUACGGCUAUUUUCACUGUAAAGACUGUAAGACGAGAUGGGAGAGUGCUUACGUAUGGUGCAUUGCAGGUACCAACAAGGUUUAUUUCAAACAGCUCUGUAGAAAGUGUCAGAAGAAUUUUAACCCUUACCGAGUAGAAGCAAUCCAAUGUCAGACCUGCUUAAGAUCCGGUUGUUCCCGUUCUCAAAAGAAAAGACACAAUGAUCUCCGGAGGCCACAUCGUCAGGAGCUGUGUGGCCACUGCAAAGACAAGAAAUUCUCCUGUAGUGUUUUCUUCGGCUUUAAAUAAAUCCUGUGACAG